AAACGAUCUAUGAAGCCAUAUCCAUUUCAGUCUUAUUCAAAAUUAAAUCUUUUCCAAAUAAAAUAAGCUUAAACUUUUAAAUGUGAGCUAAAAUAUGUAAAAAAUAAAACUUAAUCCAUUGCAGACAAAUUAAUUUAAUUUAAAAUGCUUCCUAUAAAAGAAAAUUACGUAUUGAAAAUUUACUUUUGGUAAUGUCAGGUUAAAACAUUUGUUUGGCUAGGUCAGCUGACUUUGAAGUUUAAGUCAAAACAAAGAUGUGUGUUGUUAUGGAAUAAUCCGAGCAAAUAAUAAAUUUGCAAGUGUUUAAUAAAGGAGCUGUGAAAUUUAAUUCAUAAUGGCCACGUCUGAGAUUACAUUUCAUCCAAUUAUUAGUUCCAUACAAAGAAUAGCAUUGUAUGAAACAAAAUCGGACUUCUACCUUGUUGGAUCCAACAACACAGAGACACGUUUUCGCGUUUUACGCAUAAGUCGUAAAGAACCACGAGAGUUACUUCUUCAUGAUGAUAAAACUGAAUUCACCAAAAAUGAAAUACACAAUUUCCUUACUUCAAUCUCCACUAAAAACCAUAUCAACAAUGUGAUAUCUGCAUUUGGGAUUGUUGGUUUCAUCAGAUUCCUUGAGGGAUAUUAUAUUAUCUUAGUUACUCAAAGAACUAGAGUUGCUGUUAUUGGAUAUCACACAAUUUAUAAAAUUGAAUACACAACCAUGAUUUACAUUCCGAAUGACACUGAAAGGUCUUUACAUCCCGAUGAGGCAAGAUAUGUGAAGAUGUUUCAAGCAAUUGAUUUAUCUAGUAAUUUUACUUCAGGUAAUUAUAGUUAUGAUUUAACUCACACACUGCAACACAACAUGAGCAGUCCAAAAAAGAUCAUACCAAAUUUACUGGAUGAAAAACAAAUGGGGCAUGAAAUGCUUACUUCAUUUCCUGAAGAUACUCAACUAGAUUUUGCCGUUCGAUUCCGACCAAAUCGAAAAUUUGUGUGGAAUUCUCAUCUAUUAAGCAAAGUUGAAAAGGACCUGCAUCCUGAUUGGUUGAUUUACAUCACUCAUGGCUUUAUUGGACAAUCGAAUAUAAGUGUAUUUGGUCGUUCAAUUUACGUUACACUCAUUGCACGUAGGUCAUGCAAAUAUGCAGGAACGAGAUUUCUAAAACGCGGAGCUAACUUCAAAGGAGACGUUGCGAACGAAGUGGAAACCGAGCAAAUGGCACAUGAUUCAGGUGUCUCGUCGUUCAGCAAAAGCCAUUUUACAUCAUUCGUGCAAAUGCGCGGAUCAAUUCCAGGCCAUUGGCGGCAAGACAUGGGUAAAAUGGUGGCUAAGCCAGCUAUCACGUUAGAUUUGAACGAUCCGUUUGCUGAAACAGCUGGCGCACAUUUUAACGACUUGCUUAAACGAUAUGGUUCUCCAAUAAUUGUACUCAAUCUUGUAAAACAACGCGAGAAGAAGAGGCAGGAACGAUUACUCAGUGAUGAAUUUAGUGGUAGCAUCAAAUAUCUCAAUCAAUUUCUACCACCUGAGCAUCAAAUUCAGUAUAAACCAUUUGACAUGGCACGCAAAAAUAAAACCAACGCGAAUGUAAUGGGUUGUUUAGCUGGGAUCGCGCGCAGUUGUGUUAGCAAAACCGGAUUAUUCCAAAACACUCCACCGUACUUUGCGCAGAAAUCCUCAACAAUUGUUGGCAAACAUAAAACAUUGAAAAAUAUGACGUACCAAACUGGCAUUAUCCGAACUAAUUGCGUCGAUUGUCUUGAUCGGACAAACACAGCCCAAUUUGCAAUUGGCAAAUGCGUUUUGGGGUACCAAUUGUGUGCGCUUGGUGUUCUAGACAGCCCAAAUCUUGAAUUUGACACCGAUUGCGUUCGCAUGCUCGAGUCACUAUAUGAAGAUCACGGAGAUACUUUGGCAUUGCAAUAUGGCGGCUCACAAUUAGUGCAUCGUAUAAAAACGUAUCGGAAAACAGCGCCAUGGACGUCGCAGGGUAAUGAUAUUAUGCAAACGUUGAGUCGCUACUAUAGCAACACUUUUUCUGAUGCCGAAAAACAAAAUACAAUCAACUUGUUCCUUGGACUGUUUGUACCGGAGUUGAACAAACCUCCAAUAUGGGAAUAUCCUAAUGAUUAUUACUUUCAUUUCAAGUCGACAAUCAAUUUUGCAGACAUGCGUUUGUUGACACAAUGGUGGGACACGGAUAUUCUACCGGUGCUCCCGUUUGCAUUAAAUGAUAUUGAAAAAGCAUGCUCAGAGCUUAUCCAGAUACAGAAUCGUGAUUUGGAAAUGAUUGACGCUUACUUGGAUUAUCAUAGACCGUAUCAAUUGAGUGUGUUGGACGAGGUGUUUGCGUAUAAAAUCUGCAAUUCUAUUCGUGAUUUUAUGCCCAAUUGUACGACGAAUUACAGUCCGUUUUCAAUUCGUGUUCGACCCGGCCGUAGACGGGAGGAAACAGGCAAAAAUGUUAAUAUGAAAAAUCCUAGUUUAACUGGAUUAAGCUCUACUAGUUCAACAACAUCAAGCACAAGUACUGAUUCAAGCGAAUGCAGUGAUUCGAGUGAAGAUGAAACCAGUUUGACGAACGAAUCAGCAAUGACUCAAUCACACGAUAGUAACAAUACCUAUAAUGCUGUCAAAUUUCAAACGCUUUUCCCGAGUAUGGACCAAGUAUAUGGCAUGGAAAUUACGGAUCCGAAGAAGUCGGACAUGGCGAUUUAUAAAAAGUAUGUCUUGACAGGGAAGAAGGCUAAUGGCACAGUCAACAGCAAUGUGUCCCUGGUGACUAUUGAUCAGUUGCAGCGAAAGCCGUGCUUCGGUACUGAUUCCUCUUUUGAAGUCAAACCACCGGUGGUGUCGCAAAAAUCGAUCCGAAUGUACGAAAGAUAUAUAGAAACUGGUAAAAACGGCGGUUUUGAACCCUCCGCAGAUGAUAUGGCGAAAUAUGAAAAGUUUGCAAAAUAUACAAAUUAAUUAAAA